CUCUCUCUCUUUCUCUCUCUUCCUUCUCACUUUCUCACUCUACUUUGCUUUCUCCGAUGGCGCACGAUAGCGAUCUCCCAUGUGACGGCGAUGGCGUCUGUAUGGCCUGCAAAGUGAAGCCAUCGGAGAACGAAUCCCUCACCUGUAAGACUUGUGCUACUCCCUGGCACGUCAGCUGUCUCUCUGCUCCGCCCGAUUCCAUGGGCGACGCCGUCAACUGGGAGUGUCCUGACUGCUCUAUGCCUCCCGCCGUCGAUGUUGUACCUGUUAAACAGAAUGCUGCUGCUUCUUCAUCUUCUGGAGGAAGAGGCGAUUUGAUCGCUGCUAUUCGGGUCAUUGAAUCUGAUUCGACUCUCACCGAGCAAGAGAAGGCUCAGAAAAGACAAGACCUCCUGAGCGGAAAUUCCAAAGACGAAGACGCGACUGUUGAAGGGGUUAAUCAAGACAAGGAUGUGCUGAAUAUUCUCGAUGCAAGUUUGAACUGCUCUAUGUGCAUGCAACUGCCUGAGAGGCCUGUUACGACACCUUGUGGUCAUAAUUUUUGCCUGAAGUGCUUCCAAAAGUGGGUUGGGCAGCGGAAGAGUACCUGUGCUAAUUGUCGCACUCCUAUUCCAGCUAAAAUGGCAAGCCAGCCUCGAAUUAACUCUGCUCUGGUCAUUGCCAUUAGAAUGGCAAGAGUGAUGCGGUCUGGUGCCUCUAGCGGGUCAUCAAAAGUUUCACAUUUCGUUCACAACCAAAAUAGACCUGACAAAGCUUUCACCACUGAGCGUGCAAAAAAGACUGGAAAGGCUAAUGCUUGCAGUGGGAAGAUUUUUGUUACAAUCCCUGGUGACCAUUUUGGACCAAUUUCAGCGGACAAUGAUCCAGAGCGCAACGUGGGUGUUAUGGUUGGUGAGACUUGGGAGGAUCGUUUUGAGUGUCGGCAAUGGGGGGCUCAUUUCCCUCAUGUGGCUGGUAUUGCUGGACAGUCAGAUUAUGGGGCCCAGUCUGUUGCACUUUCUGGUGGGUAUGAAGAUGAUGAAGAUCACGGUGAAUGGUUUCUCUAUACUGGAAGUGGUGGAAGAGACUUGAGUGGUAACAAGAGAACAAACAAGCUACAAUCGUUUGACCAGAAAUUUGAAAAGCUUAAUGAAGCUUUACGUGUCAGCUGUCUCAAGGGUUAUCCUGUCCGAGUUGUGAGGUCCCACAAGGAGAAACUCUCUUCGUAUGCACCAGACAAAGGAGUACGAUAUGACGGGGUCUACAGGAUUGAAAAGUGUUGGCGGAAACCUGGGAAACAAGGAUUCAAAGUUUGUCGAUACCUUUUUGUGCGCUGUGAUAAUGAUCCUGCACCAUGGACCAGUGAUGAACAUGGGGACCGUCCUAGGGCCUUGCCUGCCAUCAAAGAACUAAAAGGUGCCACAGAUAUGACUGAGAGAAAAGGAGCUCCAGCCUGGGAUUAUGAUGAGGAAAAGAGUUGCUGGAUGUGGAAAAAGGCUCCUCCUCCUAGUAGGAAACCAGUUCAAUGUGAAAAUGAAGAUGGAACAAAAGUGAGACAAGUUAGACCAAAGAGACCUACAAUGUCUGUAAAGCAGAGGCUCUUGAAAGAGUUUACUUGUCAUCUUUGUCGGGAAGUGAUGAAUCACCCGCUUACCACUCCCUGUGCUCAUAACUUCUGCAAGGCAUGUUUGGAUGGUGCCUUUGCAGGUCAAUCCUUUACAAGACAGAGGACAUGUGAAGGCAGACGUACAUUACGAGCCCAGAAAAAUAUAAUGAAAUGCCCAUCAUGCCCAACUGAUAUAUCUGAUUUCCUCCAGAAUCCCCAGAUUAAUAGAGAGUUGAUGAAUGUGAUUGAAUCUCUGAAGCGUCAAAUUGAGGAAGAAAAUGCAGCAUUAAGUGUUGAUGUUGAUGAUGGUAGCUUGGAUGGGAACAAUGAGAUUAUAGCUGAUGAGGCUGUUGAAGCAGAUAAAAGUGUGGAGGAUGAUAAAGAAGGUGCACAGCCUGUCAAUGAGACUGAAACCAAGCAGACUCACAAGAGGAAGAGAUCCAGUAGCAUUGACAAUGUAUCACCCAAAAAACCCGUUGACAUAUCUGAUGUUGUGCAUAAUCUUGAGGAAGUUGAUACUGCCCAUACCUGA